AUGUGGAAGCUAAACCUGAACUCAGUGUGGAUUAGAGACAUCGUUUGGCCCGGCACCCACGAUUCAGCAACCGUUAAAAUGGGCAUUCCACUACUGACUCGCCCGCUCGCCUGGUGCCAGGAAUGUUCUAUCUAUAAUCAACUGGUGCGCGGCACCAGAGUUCUGGAUAUCUGGGUUGAAGCCCCCCACCGGGUCUUCCACGAGGUACUGAAAAGCUAUAAGGUUGAUUUAGUCAUCCGUGACAUAAAACGGUUUCUAUCGGAGACGAAAUCGGAGUUUCUAACUGUGGAGGUCCGAACUGAGUAUGGGCACCAGGACCCGACCGAGAUGGAAAAAUGGCUGACGGAGCAACUUGGGGAUUAUCUCAUAGAUCAGGAUAACCAUGUCUUUGAUAAAACGUUGGCUGAACUUCUGCCUAAAAGGGUAAUUUUCCUGUGGAAGCCUGAGACAAAAGGCAUUUUUCUGGAGCUGGGCUAUCCGCUUUGGAGCUCUGCUUAUUUAAAGAGCGACUUGAUUGAUAUCGACCUCCCUUUGACCAAAUUUAAGAGUAAUUUGAGUCACCUGGGAAGCCAUCCGCCUGUGUUGUCGCGUGAGUAUUUUUACAGUGUUGUAUGCGUCAAGCCUGUGUCGAAUCGUAUCAUAGGAUAUGCCAGAUUGUUCAUUUCUCAAAUGUUUAAGAAAGGGCAUGGCGAUCGUUUGCAGAUUUUGUCAUGUGAUUUCAUAGAUGGAGAUUUUAUCCAUGCUUUUAUAGGAAUAACACGUGCCCGAAUAGAAGGCAGGGCAUAG